AUGGAAUUUGAAGUAUACCUGGGUCACGAUGGUCCUCCAGUUCUUAAUAGCUUUCAAAACCUUGCUGUGGUCAACCGAAAGUUUCACCGGCUUUGUCUUCCUAAGUUAUGGCAGGUAGGACCGUUUUUUGCAAGAAAUCCAGCUUUGAUCAAGAUCCAAAGAAGUAAGCUGAUUCAAGUUUGUCAAAUCUAUCAGCACAUCACAUUCCCCAGCUCGGUACCUGCUCCCAUGCCACUUUGGACGGGUGAUCUACUCUUGAAAUAUGCAAACUUCGUAAAGUCGGCCCGAUUUUUGUUGAGAAACUCAGAUGGCCAUCAGGAUAGUCAUCUGUUUUCGGAAUUCGAAAGGAGUCUUUCUGAUAAUACCUCAUCGAUUGAUGGUCACGGCUUCGGAUACGCAAUUGGAGUGUUGAACAUCGUGAAGAUAUUCAAACUCUGCCCUUCUCUAGAGGCGGUAGAAGUGAUCCUCCCUUCGGAUCGAAAGGACUUUGAGUGGAUUCCUGGACCUGAUCUUGCAGAUCAAACGUGGACCGCAAAUUCUUGGCUUGAACAAUUCUCAGUUCUUGGACUCGAAUGCUGUGAGGAAAUCACAAUUGACAUGGCCAACAAAUUCCUCAACGGUAGAGCCCGCUUUCUUUCUAAACUUCACAUUGAACUUCACCACCUCGCAAAAAGCCCAGAUAUGGAGAUACGCUUUGAUCUUCCGGCUCUCAAAACCCUCCGUGUACUUAAUGAUCGGAGAAGCUCCGAUCUACUUGCAAGCUUUGAAAACUGUAAAAGUAUAGAAGUCAUUGAACAUUGGGGUCAUAUGUAUAAUGAUCAAUGGAACUUCUUGAAACAUCUCCUAUCUCGACGUACUUGGCCUAAGCUUUUGGUUUUGGAUAUUCAAUACUCAAAUUAUGACGAGAAACUUGCUGAUUGGCCAGACGUAGAGGAAUUGGAAGAAACAUGCAAACUGUUCAACAUCACAUUAUUAAUUUCAAAGUAUUAA